AAAAAAAGUAUUUUUGGGCUGACAAAAAGGUUAUAUAAAGACACCGAUGUAGCGAUAAAAUAGUCAUUCAAUUACGCCAAUAUCAAAAGUUAGUUAUCAAUCACUACAUCAAUAUUUGAAUAUUAAACUAUGAGAUUCUCAGUUGUUUCCCUUACCUUGUGCGCUAUGGCUCUGGCCGUCGCCGCACAAGAGGAUGUAGUCGAUGAAGUGACAAUCGUCCUUGAUCCCGAAGUGAGUGACACCUUUGAACUGGAGUGUGGCGCACAAUGCAAAAUAGCCUGCGAAUUCGGAAACGUUUUGGGUGAGGAUGGAUGCCCUAUCUGCGAAUGUAAGCCUGAUCCCUGUUCCGUGAUUAAUGCAUGUCCUCAGGAUGUCGGUUGCCUAGUAGUAGAUGGAGAGGCGGAGUGCAUAUAUGACGGUUCAAACCCAUUCGAGAACGGCCCUGAGCCAGAAUGUGGCCCUGUAUGCACUAUUUUCUGUGAAUUCGGAAACGUUAUGGAUAAUGGUGGCUGUCCCAUGUGUGAAUGCAUGCCCGAUCCUAAGUGUGAUGUUGUCGACUGUUCCGACGCUCCCUUCUGCCCAUUAUAUUUCGAGAAUGACGCCGAGGGAUGCCCCACGUGCAACUGCUUCGAGCCAAAGUGCCCUGAAGAGUGUGCAGAAAAUUUCUUUGACGGAUGCAACACGUUCGAAUGCGCAGAGGAUGGUACCAUGACGCUCAUUGGGUCGGAGAUUGCUUGUGACCCUUGUGAGGAUUGUGAAUAUCCCGAGCCAGAGUGCAGAGCUGCCGAGUAAGUUGCCGGCGGCCUUCAAAUUAACUGCAAUUUAAAUAAAUAAAUACAGAUUUACAUACUA